ACUAUGAAGUAAUUUAGGACAAAGUUACAAAACCUGCUGUGUAAGGAAAUUGCAUGUUUCCAAAGAGGAUGAGUAAUGUCGUUGAUUUCAGGUAGAGAAGUUCAUUGUCAUUUUCAGGCACUUCUGAGCAAAGUCAGUCAUCCUGACCACAUCGACUUCCAUUAUGCAACAGAAGAAGAAUGUGUGAGAAGCCAACUAAUUGAUAGAGUCACUUGCUGAUUCAGUGAUUCAUUUUAGUCUUCUCUUUCAGGUUAUAUUAACUGGAGCAGCCGCGUAGACGGCCUGGUUAGACCCCAAAACCCCACCCUCCCACCUAACCCAUUCUUUGCUGCUAAAGCUGUUGCUACUGUUGCUGCGAGGACCGCUUUCAGCAUGACACUUCUGGGAAACAGAUACAUCAGCUUGUAGACUAAAUGCAGUCUGUGCAAUUUAUGGUUAAGUGUGACGUAGUUGCCAUUUUACUUCGAACCUAUUGCACACUUUAUGGUGGAGUUCCCACUGUCUCUGCAUGAACUUGGAAAAAUGAAACGGUUGUGGACAGGACUGAGGACUUGCACCGAACUGAUUAAAAUAUACCAAUACCAAAAAAAGAUAAAGACUACAGAAUCUAGACAAUGGGCGUUAUUAGUUAAAUUCACAGCUGAUGUAAAUCGUUUGCUUCGAUGCAGUUCUAAAUGCCUUGCAGCUCUCUCAGCUGCAAGGUCGAAACUCGAAAGACACUUUUUUUUGUCCCAAGAGCCCACUAAUAGGGGUUACUUGUGCUUGUAAGCAGAAUUUUGUGAUUGAAAGAUAAUAGGUAAUGGAAACUGCUGCACCCACAACUAUGAGAUGGCAGGCGCAUUUGCUCCAUAUCCUAGGAAACCAACCCAAAAUGUCAGUAAGACCACAACGCUAUUAACAAUGCACUGAGCAGGGAGGGAAGCGGUGUGUGUUCAGCUUUCCUGGAAGCCCAUCUCUGAGGUAUUGGUUGGGGUUGAGUCUCACCUCUGAAGUAUCGUUGCUGUCAAGUCUUCACAAGCAGACGGCAGGAAAGCCAGUGCAGAGAUGUGCGUUCUUUUAUGUGGCAGCACAAUCAUCCCACCAAGAAUACUCUGUGUGCUAUUGAAACUGCUGUAUCACUGUUUACUAACAGACUGUGUCUCAUUAAGAGUAAAUCAAAGGAAAAAUACCAUUUGAUAAUGACGUGUUUAUUCUCUAAAACGAUUCGGAUUUGUGCGACAUCUCUCUCUGGUUCAAAUUUCAAGUUUCAGUUUGUCAAACCAGAAAGGCCAGUAAAGAAGUUCAGAACUAUGUCAACUGGGCAGCUAGACUUUUUACACUUUUCUAACAUCCAGUGCAGGUGAUUGCAGUUGCUCAAUCUUUCCUUUUGUGGAAUUUGUGAAAAAGUUUCAUGUCUCAAGUGACUUGUAAGGUGGUUAGUGAGGUGAGGGUCAAUUGAAACCUCUAACUUCCUUUCUUCUCAGACUUAGUUGCACAGUACACUCAUAUAGUUGACCUAUGAAGCAUAGAAAAACCAAAUUAUUUGAUAAUGUUUAAAUAAAAAGUUACAUGGCAAUAUUUUGAAAAACACAAACGAACACAAAACAACCCAGAGGAAAUAAGCAGUGGUUAAAAUUUUCAUGUAAAAUGACAUGCUCUCUUCAAUGCGUGGGAGGGUUGUGGGUGGUGAAUGCCUUGACAGCUUCUUUUAAGUCAGAGGUGCUCAGACAGAAGCACACACCUCCUUUUUGCAGAGGACAUAGAUGCACAUAUCUGUCACACAUCACAGAUCAGUGGUAUGGCCUGCACCGUGAACUUUGAGCAGAACUAUCCAUUUCCACAAAUGUUUCUUGUGGAUGGAGGAGGAGGAGGAAGACAGCAGGAUUCUGCUCAGCCUCCAAGUCUUAUACCCUGCUGGUCCUUCCCGCCUGCCCAGGAGAGAAUGAAGAGCCGUGGGAAGAGUAAGGGCUGCAUGGGAAUCAGCCCCGGGCUUGCAUUGGUCGUGCUCUUUCUGUUUCUGCUCGUGUUUGCAGCCCUGGGAUUUGAAGCCUUUAAGAUUUCCAGGCUAGAGGACCAACUGAGGAACAGUGAUGGAGAGGUGAACCAACCUGCGGCUGAGUUUAGUGUACCCCAGAAGCAAAUUGGUCUUGAUGAAUCUGGCCUUAAUGGUCAGGACAAAAGCAAAAGAUCUGCAGCACAUGUGAUAGGGCGAAUUGAGAAAACAGAACACCCCAUGACUUUAAGAUGGGAUUCAAGGACGAGUCGGGCAUUCAUCUCCGGAGCAGUGGCUUAUCUCACUGCAGAUGGUGCUCUGCAGGUCAAUGAGACCGGAUUCUACCACAUUUACUCACGGGUUGAGUUGAUCUUUAAGCAAUGCUCACGUCCGUCCGCAUUUGAUCACACUGUGUUUGUGAGGAGAGCAACACAUACCCAACCUCUGACUUUGAUGAAAGCCCACAGGGGGGGCUUCUGCCCUCAGCAGACGAGCUACUCGUGGACCACAGAGAGUUACCUUGGCUCGGUCGAGCUCUUGAAAAAAUAUGACAGAGUUUAUGUGAAUGUAUCCCACCCAGGACAUCUUAGUCACUCGCAUCAUGGCAACUUCUUUGGUCUAUACAAAAUCUAAAGAAUCCGGGGUGUUGGGCAUUGUGUCCUAUGUUGAAAUUGUACGCAACUGAAUGUAAACAACUCAGGCAGAAGUGAAACUUAUUACUUUACUUGACUGAUAUAUCGAAUGUUAUUUCUAUCAUACACAAUAACUGCACUCUGCAUAAUAUGAUCUUUGAAGGUAAAAACAGGGAAAUAGUGCACAUUCUCGUGAAUGGCACCUUAAAAAAGGCAGUGACAUUAAAUUAACCACAUGCAGAAAGAAGUAUUGUGUGUUUUGUUGAUAAUGGGGGAGUCACUUGACACUAAAGUUCUGAUUUAAUUUCAGCAUUUUCUAAGUAUUUAUUUUGGUUUUGAUCUAAAUAUUUGUCUAUAAAACUAAUGUUGUUAUACUUAAGUUUAAAAGUAUAUACAGAUAAAGUAUAUACUCCUAUUUUCUUUCAACAGGAGACGAAAGCGCAAACAUUUGUUAAUAAAUAAAGUAUUUCCAUUUGA